CCCCAUAGUUUCCGAAAAAAAUACAAGCCUAUGCAUAAAAAUAAAAAUACAAUGCCCAUCCCACGCUGAACAAAGGGCAGGUAAACAUGAUGGGAAGAUGCUGCUCCUCGAUUCCAACCGAUUUGAAGCGGUUUCAGAUCCUCACCGGACUGCAAAGCCUCGCUGAACCUCGUCGCUAUAAGGCAUGGUUCUUGGAUCAGUUUGGAGUCCUACAUGAUGGAAAGCAGCCAUACCCUGGUGCCAUAACUGCAUUAGAAAAGUUAGCAAACUCUGGUGCAAAGAUGGUGAUCAUAAGUAAUUCCUCAAGGCGUGCAGACACAACUAUUGAAAAGUUGAGCAGCCUUGGGUUUAAUCCUUCACUCUUUUUGGGAGCAAUCACCAGUGGAGAGUUAACACACCAUUACCUUAUGAGGAGAGAUGAUCCAUGGUUUGCUGGACUGGGAAGAACCUGCAUUCACAUGACAUGGAGUGAUCGGGGUGCAAUAUCACUUGAGGGUUUAGGGCUUCAUGUAGUAGAUAAUGUCGAAGAAGCUGAGUUUAUAUUAGCUCAUGGUACUGAAGCUUUGGGGAUGCCUUCUGGAGAUGCACUUCCCAUGAAACUUGAGGAGCUCAAUGAAAUAUUGAAGAAAUGCUCUGCUAAAAAGAUUCCUAUGGUAGUAGCUAAUCCAGAUUUUGUCACUGUUGAGGCUAGAGCUCUCCGGGUUAUGCCUGGAACUUUGGCAGCUACAUAUGAAAAGCUUGGAGGGGAAGUGAAGUGGAUGGGCAAGCCUGGUGAGAUCAUAUAUAAAUCAGCCAUGGCCAUGGCUGGCGCCGAUGCAUCGGACUGUAUUGCUGUUGGAGACUCUCUCCACCACGACAUAAAAGGUGCAAAUGAAGCCGGGAUAUCCUCAGCUUUCAUCACUUGUGGGAUCCAUGCCGAUGAACUCAGUCUUUCUAAAGUUGGUGAAAUUGCAGCAUUGUCGUCGGUUCAAUCCCUUGCUACAAAGUAUGAGGCUCAUCCAACAUAUGUACUUCCCUCAUUCACAUGGUAACCCCAAUUUUUUUUAUGGUAAUUAUUUUUCUUGAUCCCUGCUACAAUAAAAAGAGUGCCUGUGACCUGCAAUUUGCACACAACUUCAACUACAUGUAGAAUUCAACCAAUUUGAAAUUUGUUAUUUAUUCA